UGAGCGACCCACGGACACGCACCAUGUCACAGUACUCUGGGAAGAUCACUUUUUACGAGGGGAAGUGCUUCACUGGGAGGAAGCUGGAGGUCAGAGGAGACUGUGACAACUUCCAGGACAGAGGAUUCAUGAACAGGGUGAACUCCAUCCGUGUGGAGAGUGGGGCCUGGAUCUGCUUUGACCACCCGGACUUUAGGGGACAGCAGUACAUCCUGGAGCAUGGAGAGUACCCCGAGUUUCAGCGCUGGAACUCCCACAAUGACCACAUGGGCUCCUGCAAACCCAUUCGCAUGCAUGGGGAGCACUAUCGCAUUGAGAUGUUCGAGGGCUGUAACUUCUCUGGUCAGUGUGUGGAGAUCUGCGACGACUGCCCCUUCCUCCAGAGCCGUGGCUUCUCAAAGAACUGCAUCAACUCUGUGCGCGUCUACGGCGACGGAGCCUGGGUGAUGUAUGAGGAGCCAAACUUCCGUGGGCGCAUGUACAUCGUGGAGCGUGGCUGUUACUGCAGUCAUAACGAGUGGCAAGCCCAGAACCCCAACAUCCAGUCCAUCCGUCGCGUCGUCAACUACUUCUGAGGCCCUGACCCUUCACCUCUGACCCCUCCUGACCCCGCUGACCUCUGAAACAUGUCGCACAAAUAAAACGGACUCCAAAUAUACUACAACUUUUCUAUCAAA